AUGGCGUCAAGGCGAUUGUUAGACACUCCAAGAGAAAGGGCCCAAUGCCGAGGAGAAAGAAAAGAAGAAGGAGAAAACGAAGAAAAGUCAAAUGACGUGCGGGUUGUUUUGCUUGGAGCCGAAGAGAAAAAAGCGAUGUGUCAGAAACGUGGUCCGGUGGUCGAUUUGAAGCAGCUCGGAUGGGGUCGAUGGGUGAUUGCUCCAGCGGAUUUCGAGGCCGGAUUCUGCUCUGGAAUAUGCCCAAAUCCGCUUCCAAAGGAAAUGCAUCCAUCAAACCACGCCCUGCUACAGACCCUACUGAAAUCUGCCUCAGUGCCAUCUGUGUGCUGUUCACCGUCGCAGACGCGUUCGUUGACGAUCUUUUAUCGAGACGAACUUGGUCGAUCGACCAUUCGGAACUUUGAGGAUAUGAUUAUUGAGUCUUGUGCUUGUCAGUAG